CUGAUUCACAAAGGAGACAGAGUACUGAUCAUCAUGGAGAGAUAUAUCGUCCAGUUGACUGCUCCUACCGGAAACACUGCAGAGUCCACUGCCUUUGCACAACCACCCCAAUUAGCCGGCACGAAACGCAAAUCUACAGAUGCCUCGGACCUUCCAACCAUUGACCUUGAUGACUAUGAUAUCCCUGAUGGUCAGGCAAUGGACUCCUGCACAGUAGUCCGUGGCAAGAUAAACCGUUUCCUCGAAGUCGGCGAGAUGAAAGUGGGACAGUUCUGUGAUGCUAUUGGAGUUUCGGGAAAUGCGUACAGAAGGUUCAUGGCUCAGAAUGGCAAGUUUGCAGGUGCUGGCUGUGAUACUUAUCAGAGUGCAUGGCUAUUUUUCAAGAAGAGGGAGAUGGCCGGCUUGCAGAUUCCAACAAAGAAGCAGAAGACUGCUGCUGCUAAUUCUGCUACGGCUAAGUCUGGUGCUGCAACUUCGGCUUCUAGUGGAAAGAAGGAUGCUGUGACUGAUAUAAGCUCCAUUCAUCUUGACGGAGGAGAAGACGACUCGGUGGAAGUCUAUGACAGCUGUGACGAGAUACGCAAAAAGAUAGCAGCACACCUACGCAAACCAGGUGUCACUGCUGCCCAAUUUUGUCGUGACCUUCUCGCUCAAUAUCACGGCGAGAGGAAGCCUUCCCAAAUCCAAUCAGGCCAGCUGACAAAGUUCCGCGGCUACAAAGGUGCGGAUACUGGCAAUACUUCCUGUGUCUUCUAUGCGGCCUAUGUCUUUUUCGAAAAGAUGAGGCUGGCAGAGGGGAAACCGAAGAGCAAGCAUAGACAAGAAAUGGAACGUAUCUGGGCCGGAGAGGGUGGAUUCGAUGUGACUCGAGGUCACCACAGAGGAUACCUCUGCCUCGCUGGUGACAAUCCCGUGCAGAAUCAGUUCGGCCGCGUUCAUAUGAUGCGAGGAGGUCGAUAGGCGUACCUGGUAUCUCGCGGCUGAGGAAAAUGUCUCGUCAUGCAGUUCGCUUCAGCUUGAGAUCAUAGCGCUGUUGAUGUGGAGCAGACUGUUUGUAAGAAAAAAAAGGAAAGAACGACCUAGCGUGCAUCGAG